CUUCUGAGAUCCCAAGGGCUUCAGAUGAGAAAGAGCAGCAUUUCGUGUCGGAAACGUUGACCACAUCACACCGCAGCCAUGUCCAGGUCAUUCUAUGUCGAUUCGUUGAUAAUUAAGGAUUCUGCUCGCCCCGUGCCCUUGAACGAGCAUCCAGGGCAAGACUUCCUCAUCCCGCUCGGCGUGCAUUCACCGGGCGUCAUGGCCGUGGCGGCGCCGGUAUGUCCCUCAAGGAAAAACGGCACUUUCUGCGUCUGCCCGCUGUGCGUCACGUCUCACAUCCAUUCUCCCAGGAGCAGCAUUCCGCUGCUGAAGGGACAGUUUCCGAGCGGUGAGAUGCAGUACUGCCAGAGGAUAGGACACCAGCAGAGCGCAGCUCUGACGCAGCACGGUGCUCUGGCGCAGCACGGACACACACCUGUCGGCGCGCCUACAUACAGUGUCACAGACACUAGGAGGUUUCACUGUCUUUCCAUAGGUGCACCUGAGAGCAGUCACAUACAAAACGGGAAGAGAAUGCGCACUGCCUUCACCAGCACUCAGCUAUUGGAGCUGGAAAGGGAGUUCUCCUCCAACAUGUACCUCUCCAGGUUGAGAAGAAUAGAAAUAGCGACGUACUUAAACCUGUCAGAGAAGCAGGUUAAGAUCUGGUUCCAGAACCGAAGGGUGAAGCACAAGAAAGAGGGCAAAGGAACGCAAAGGAGCGCGCACGGGGGAUGCACAUGCGCCGGCGGGCACGUGCACUACUCCCGGUCGGAGGACGAGGACUCGCUGUCGCCAGCAUCAGCUACAGAGGAAAAGGAGAUUUCCCCCAUAUAAUGACAUCUCUGUCACACAACCUUUACUUCCACUAGCACUUAAGAAAAAAUACCGAAAUAUGGACAGAGGCCGAUUGGAGUAAGAUUAUAGGCCUAUACAUUACAUUCUCGUUCAGAUUUCCAAAUACACGACUUAUACAACUCUCUUUUUUUCUGUCAUUACUGUAAUUUUAGCAUUGCAUAAAUGGAAAUAGAGACUGAAGAUAUAUAUUAAACUUGUCUUCCAAUAUAAAUAAGUGAAAAGAGAGAAUUGAAAAUCCAAGUCUUUGCAAGUUCCGCCUGUGUUACACGGGGAGAUACGAUAUGCCUUCCUGCGUGGCGCUUGUAUACUUUCUGUCACGUAUACAUGAAUAUUGUAAAAAUCAGUCAGUAACUAGAUAUGUAUAUUGUAUAUUGUUAUGAUUUCCCCAUGAUUUGUAUGCUCAUAUAUAAAAUGUAUCGUGUGGGCAUUCUGCGAUGAACUGGCGUCCCAUCCAGGGUGUAUCCUUGCCUCGUGCCCUGCGCUGACUGGGAUAGACCCCUCCCCCACACCACAUCUCUCUGAGACCC